AUGGUCCUUGGAAAGCCUACAAUAAUACCAGUUGAGAAAGCCAAACUGACAGAGCAGGAGAUGAUUGAGAAAGAGAUUCUUAUAAAGAAGAAGAUAAACAAGCUCGCAAAUGCAAUCAGGAUUCCACCGGCAAUCAACCAGUUCAAGACGUUUUUGUCUGAGCACGACACAAAGAAGGUAGUUGACCUGUUUAUGAAGUACAGGCCUGAGAACAGGGCUGAGAAGAAGAUAAGGCUGGAGUCAGAGAAUCCAAGGGGAGGGCCAAAGCCAAUCCUUGUGAAGUUUGGGUUGAAGCACGUCACUGAUCUCAUCGAGACUAAUACUGCAAAGUUUGUUCUUAUAUCUGCGUCUGUUGAUCCUAUUGAGGUUGUUUUGUUCCUUCCAACACUUUGCAAAAAGAUGGGUAUUCCAUAUGCAAUAGUUGAGAACUCAGUGAUUCUUGGAAAGUUUGUGAAUAUGAAGACUUCAUCGUGCGUAUGUCUAUGCGGAGUGCGUGAUGAGGACAGUAAAACAUUCAAUGAUGUUAUAACCAUGUCGAAUGCAAUCUUCUUCAAUCAGUACGAGAAACACAUGAAGACAUGGGGAGGCAGUGCAUCCUUGAAGCAGCAGCCUGAGAAUGACUGA